AUGGCCUCCGCUUGCGGGAUGCCUAGUCCCUUGCUCCAACCUGCGUCUGACGACGAUGUCUUGAGAGAACGCGAGGCAUACAAAUACUUUCAACCCUUGCAAGACCUCAUACAAGCCAGCAAUCCCGAAUCCGCUUCUUCUGGACCUACCUCAUCACCAGACCGUGCCCUUACUGCUUUCGCACAGUUGGCCGCGUUUCGUCUGGGAGUCCGUAGGACCUUCAUAUCCUUGAUCGAUCGCAAAUACCAAUACAUCAUCGCCGAAGCCACAAGGACUCUUUCAUUGGAGAAGGACGUCGCAGAUGAUGAGAAGGACAAGCUUUGGGUUGGCUUUACAAAAUUUGAACGCAGGAGGACGCCUUGCGAGUAUGCUGCAGGCCUACUCAUUGCCCCAGAUCUCCUCGCUAGAGAGUAUAAAGGAGAUGUUAUAGUGUUUCCAGACUUGUCUCAGCACGUAUUAUUCAAGGACCAUGCUUUGGUCACUGAGGUACCACACGGACGAUUCUACGCUGGAGUACCUAUUAUUUCGUCUACUGGACAUAACAUCGGCGUCCUCUGUGUUCUAGACGACAUGCCGAGGGAGCAAGGUCUGGCCACAGCUGAAAUCGAUUUUCUCAAGGAUGUAUCAAAGACAAUAAUGCGCCAAUUGGAGAUGACGCGAGCAACUGCAGAGCUCAAUCGUUCUCAGAAUAUGGUCCAGGGGCUUGGACAAUUUGUGGGUGGAAAAGCCAGUUUGAAGGAUUGGUGGAACAAUCUCGAACAAGGUCAACCCCGACGGGACGCUGGUCAGUCUAAUAUUAGGCCUUCGAGAACGUCCUCCAAACGUCUGCGUCCAGACCUUGACUCUACAGCUACUCCAGAUGUCCGCCCUGGACCUACGCCUACGCCAGGUGUAUCUUCUGCCACGCCUGGCAUCGAUUCAUCCUCAACAACGCUUUCACAGGAACCACAACGAUCAUCAGAGGAGACAGUGGUCGCUAACCAACUACAAGAAGAUUCGAUCUCCCCCGAUAUCAAAACCGCAUUUCAGCGAGCCGCAGAGAUCAUACGAGCAUCCGUGGACGUCGAUGGCGCUGUCUUCCUGGAUGCCUCAAUCGGAACUUUUGCCGGCCUUGUAGAUGGGACUCAUCAUUCAGGAUCCUUCACCCAAUCUUCUACUGCAGCAUCUUCAAACUCGACCAAGAUGAACGAAAGUGUUCGUAACUCUGACGAGAAGCAUUGCAUCAUUCUGGGCAGCUCAUUGUCGCCUUUCGACAAGCGCAGAUCCUCUCAAAUCGCUGGGUCUAGCCCGCCUCAAUCUAUCAGCGAAAGGUUCUUGCAAAGAUUGCUAGCCAAAUACCCUAGGGGAAAGAUCUGGAGCUAUGAUGAGGAUGACAACAUUUAUGAAGGUUUGACUGACUCUCCUCGCACCGCCGAAUUUAUGAAUCGGAGAGGUGAACGCUGGCGAGAAAGAAAGAUGCUCAAAGAGCUUUUCCCUGAUGCUCGCAGUUUAGCGCUGGUGGGCAUGUGGGAUCCGCACCGUAGCCGAUGGUUUGCAGGAAGUAUAAUCUGGACUUGUAGUCCGACGCGAAUCUUGUCUACUUCCAGCGAGCUCAACUACAUGAUUGCGUUCGGGCAAUCGAUCAUGUCGGAGAUCGCGAGAAUAGAUGUGAAGAGUGCCGAUAGGGCCAAAGCGACCUUCAUAUCUAGCAUUUCCCACGAAUUGAGGACUCCGUUGCACGGCAUCAUGGGCAGCUCUGAGUGCCUCCAGGGUACGCCUCUAGACGCUUUCCAAUCAGGUUUGAUCAAUACCAUUGAGACUUGUGGGAAAACACUGCUGGAUACUUUCGACAAUCUGCUAUCUUUUAGCAAAAUCAACAAUUUGACGAAUUCAAACUACCGGCGACCUUCUACUCCUGUGGAUCUCAGCAUUCUUGCCGAGGAAGUUGUGGACACUGCUUUUGCUGGAAAUGAGUUCGUCAGAGUGUCGCCCAUAAAGAGUGGUAUGACCACUCGCGCCGUGCCCGCACAUCUGACCGCCGCACAUCCUGCAAAGGGGCUCGAAGCAAUGACUGUUCUUCUUGAUUACGACACAACCAAGGACUGGGUAUUCGCAACACAAGCUGGUGGCUGGAUCCGAAUCAUCUUGAAUCUGGUGGGCAACAGCCUGAAGUAUACAGAAAGGGGCUGCGUGACGAUUCGAUUGGACUCCAGAGAGUUGCCCAGCCCAACAUCUGAGGACGAUGUCGAGGUCUUGCUCACAGUUUCUGAUAGUGGCAAAGGCAUGUCAGACGAUUUCCUUGGGCAGAGUGUUUUCUCUCCUUUCGUCCAAGAAGAUCCCUUAUCACCUGGAACUGGUUUGGGCCUCAGCAUCGUGAAGCAAAUUAUCACCAGCAUGGGCGGGACUAUUUCCGUGUCGAGCAAGAAGGACGAGGGCACUCAAUUCUCUGUCGUGGUGUGCAUGACACGCACCAGUCAGUCUGCAGAGUCAAGCAAAUCCUCUGCAGUGUCUGCUGUUACUGAAAUGCUGCAAAGCAAGCGAAUCAACAUGAUCAUUCCUGAAGGUGAAGCCGAUGAGACGAACAUCGUUGAACUUUGCAGGAAGUGGUUCAAAGCACCUGUUUUAUGUUCUUCUGAACCCGAAGAAGCAGACUUAUAUAUUGUCAUGAAGAGGCACGCCAACGCUCUGGCACAACGACUUUCUCUCAGACCUGCGAGUGCCAAUCUCACCAGCACGAAGCCGGUCAUAGUAUUGUGCAAGGAUCUUAUGUCCGCACAUGCUCUUCAAUCUUCGAGAUCGAUGGCCGCCAUCAGCCCCGUGAUGGAGUACAUGUCUCAGCCUCUGGCUCCGAAUAAGAUCGCAAAGACACUCAUGCAGUGUUUGGAGCGUGAAAAUUCUUAUGGCCCUGAUCUUGCGGCGACUCCCAUCCAGACACUAUCCCGAACAGCGAGUAUAUCAUCCCAACGCCCGCGGGCCCGUCGAGCAACAUCCAAUCUCUCGGCAAACAGCAGUGCAUCAAAUCCAGAAGUUGUCCCAGCCACCCCUAUGGUCGAAAAGAGCGGUUUCAAUUUCAACCUCAACUUCAAACACAACAUUGACGCAAAUCGACAAGCUGAGUCUCUGGAAGCUCAAAAGCGGGCAUUGAUCUCUCGCAUGCCUAGUUCGCCAUCCGGACCGGGCGUAUCGGUAUUACUUGUCGAUGACAAUCACAUCAAUUUGAACUUGUUGGCCACUUUCAUGAAGAAGCAGCGACAUGCAUAUGACACGGCUACUAAUGGUCUCGAAGCUUUGCAUACUUUCCAGACCAAUUCUGAUCCGACUCGUCUUCCUGAUGACAGUGGCAAUUCGAUACUUUCUCAACAGACACCUAAACUAAAAGCCAAGUCAUUCGACUUUGUGCUGAUGGACUUGAAUAUGCCAGUGAUGGAUGGUCUCGAGUCAACUCGACAGAUAAGAGCUUUCGAGAGAGCAAAAGGAUUGCGCCCUGCCAUAAUCGUCGCACUCACUGGUAUGGCAUCAGCAAGUGCACAACAAGAAGCAUUCGCCAGUGGCGUGGACUUGUUUUUGACCAAGCCCGUACGACUGAAAGAGCUCACGAAGAUUUUCGAAGAACACAUGCCGCGGUAG